AAAAUGGGUGCAUGUGCUAGUGGUGCAGAUGAAGCGAGAUUAGGAGCAUCUUGCCAAACCACCAAAAAUGGAAAAACUAAAACCGUAAAGAGGGACUUAAGAACAAUGACAAUAGGAUCUAAAAAGAAAUCUCCGCAGCAAUCAGCUAUGAGGGAUUUAGCAUCACCUCCUGAUAGUGGAGGGAUGAUGGGGGAUAAUGGAAAACCUGCCUUGAGCCGACCUCGACCCUUAACAAUAAUCGACAAUAUGCCUAGGGGCUUGCAGAGUUCUGGACCUUGAUCCCCUAGCAAGAUCAGGGGGGAACAUCUGAAAUCAACUACUCCUUGUUUUGGUAGAUCUGAAUUAGAAAGGACGAAAUGAACUAGUUCCAGAAAUAUUAAGAAAACGACUCCAACUUUAGAAGGCGAGGAGACUGAAAGUUUUGCAACAGAAAGUGUCCGGAGCGAGAGGAGGUCAGCUCUCUGUACCUCUAUCAAUUUGCUCGACAACGUGUACCAUAAUUACGAAGAAGCUCUGCUAGAUCAAUGCAAAAAGUGAAAGAUUAACAUAAACCUGAAGGUUUGUUUCGAAAUAAUCUGCAUGAACAAGGGCGCUCUCCGUCUGAGUGAGGCAAAGGAUCCCUACACAGGUGCUACAUGUUUGCACUAUUGUUGCAUUUUGGGCCAUCGAGAGCUACUACAGAAGAUUGUAGAGAUAGAGCCAUCCCUAGCUACCGCUGAGGAUCAUGAUGGGAAUACCCCUCUGCAUUACUUGUGCCUUAACUCAGUAAGCAAGUACUCUGAGAUGAAGCGCAUGUGGAAGUCCCUGAAACGGGCUGGUGCAGAUGAGCAUGCCACAAACUUUGAAGGAAAAACAUGAAUCCAGUUGCUAAAGGAUCGGCUCAAGCUAUCAAAUCCUUAUGAUGACCUAGCCAAGUGGAACAAACUGAUUGAGAAAUCAAUGGUGUUGUCCUACCAAGCAGAUGUGUAGGAGACUCAAUUUUUAUGGUGUCGAGGAGGGAGUUCAGCUGGAAAAUGAGUAAACUUGAUCUAGGAUAGGAGAUAUGUCUGAUUUGACCUUUUGGGACGUUUCAGAGGUGAUUUAGGUGAGAUUGGAGAAACGGAUUUUUGGAGAUAAAGUAAUUGUCUUCAAUGAUUCAAAAUUUCUUUUCCUACCUAUCACAAUUAGUCACUUAUUAUAUCUCUCCAAAUUCCCUAAUCACUUCUAUACUCCCAUUCCAUCCCUAUACCUCCCUUUCCUCUUCACACACCCUAAUUUUUACCUAACAUUUUGAUACAAAUUUGUUAGCAGCACCAAAAUGGCUGAGCUCGGGCUAAAAUUUUGGAGCAGGCUGAGACAGGAGGGGUUUUGAAAACCAAUGUGUUGGCAAAGGUUUAUCCAUACUGGGGAUACAUACUAGAGAUUGUAUUUUAGAUACGAACAUGACAUAAUAGAGGUUUUCUUGGAUACUCAGUUCAAACUCUUGAUACAGAACCAGCUUUUAUAAAACAUGGGGAAUUUAAUCAGCACAUUAUCCUAUUUUUCUUUGUACUC